AUGGCAGAUAAACGACUACCGCGUCUCUCGCCCUUUCGUUCUUACAGCCGCACGGAGGAAUCGGGCCUGGCCAUCUUUCGCCACUGCACUGCUUCGACUGUCUACGAUACAGGUAUGAUUGAGGAUAAUCCAGGUGACGCAGCCACGUGUGGUUUGACACCAUCCCGUCGACCCUGGACCCUGGAUUGUGGUUUGACCCAUCGACAAGACCAGUCGUCUCUCAGCGAGUGA